AUGAUGUCCGCUAACGGCUUGAAGGUGGACGCGAGGUCUCACUGUACCACGCCCUCAGAGAGAAAUGUACCUCAACUAGUGUCUGUCAAAGUUGGCUGUUUCAGCAUCAACCCAGCUUCAAUGCGUGGUCGAAGGAUAUUUUUAAUACAAAUGGUGGUGCUAUGCUUCGUGCCACACGCGGCACUGAUAUUGCAGAAUUGCUCAAUUAUGGCUCAACUUUCACAAACUUUUGACUCAUCGUUGUUUUUGAACGACGAGAUUAAUAUGACAUUGUCCUUGGGCGAAAUGGUUCUUGCCAUUCAAGAUGAAAGGGCUUACGUCACGAGAUAUCUAUUCUCGGAUUCAUUAACAUCUGAUGUACGUAAUAAGACGACUUUGCGGCGAGUUUUCUUCAUUACGGACUUUUGGUUGGAUGAUGCACCACCGCUUCUCCUAUCAGAUGAGCUCAAGAUGACUCUCUACCAUUAUAGAGAGGAUGUUUUGGGCGUUACGAAUAUGAAGAGGACAGAAUCUAUCAAAAGGAUAUCUGUUUACAAGAAACUUAAUUCAAUAUUGUUAGUUCAUAUGAUAAAGGCUGUUAAAGCUACGAAAACACCUCUUUGGAGACAACUAUCAGCGUGUUACGAGUUUAUCAAAACCCUGGAAGAUCUAUCAAUAUUGCAAACAUUAGUCACAUACUCUCUCGUGUCAGAUGACCACGAAUAUGUGCUGGCGCCAGUGAAGCAGCAGCUGGAAUUAGCGGUGGAACACCUGGAAUCAGCUGUACAGUAUUUAGAAUUUGAAACAUUCAACGACGAUGAAAUCCUAAAGAAAAUGUUAAUGUACUACAAAACGACUUUGACUAAUGUUAGUGAAAAUAAUUUUAAAAUGGAUGACUGGGACUCCGUAGGGAAUGAUUACGUGGAAAAAACAUCAGGCUUCGUGGAGAUGUCCAAAACGAUGCAGACGGGUUUAUGGAAAUAUGUCAGGAAAUCAGCUGAUCAUGAAGUGUGGUACGCACGUCGGACCUUGGCCUUGGGCGUUUUUGUGCUGGUGGUCGUGUUGCUUGCUUCACCAGUGCUUAUACUGAUCCUCAGACAUAUUAUAACCACUAUACAGGCAUUCACAGAAUCUAUACAACACAGUACGGAACAAUUGAUGGCUGAAAAGCAGAAGAGCGAUUUGUUGCUCUCAAGAAUGUUGCCACUACCGGUUCUGAAGAGGCUGCGAGCUCAGCGGACGGUACCUGCCGAAGCUUUUGAUGCCGUCACUAUUUAUUUCAGCGAUAUCGUUGGCUUCACUAAUAUAUCAGCAAACAGCACACCCAUGGAGAUUAUAAACAUGCUUAAUAUGCUGUACAGAUUGUUCGAUGACAGAAUCAUGCAGUACAACGUUUACAAAGUGGAGACGAUAGGAGACGCAUACAUGGUCGUCUCUGGGCUACCUCAAAGAAAUGGAAAUCGUCACGUAUCGGAGAUAGCGGACAUGGCGUUAUCCCUAUUGCGUUGUGUGGAGGGAGCUGUAGUACCCCACAGGCCGGAGGAGCCCCUAAGGGUUCGGGCCGGGGUCAACACAGGCCCGUGUGUGGCGGGGGUCGUGGGGGCCACCAUGCCACGGUACUGCCUUUUCGGUGAUGCCAUUAACACAGCCAGUAGGAUGGAGAGCACGGGAGAAGCGAUGAAAAUCCACAUAUCAUCAAGUACAAAGGAGGCGUUAGACAAAAUAGGAAAUUACAUUACAGAAUCCCGAGGGAUGAUCGACGUAGCGGGUAAAGGUCUGAUGGAGACAUUCUGGUUGGUGGGGAAGGUAGGGAACAUGGUCUCCGAGAGCCCUUGUCAGCUGAAGCUGGAGGACUAUGAUCAGAACACACUCGAACUAUUAAUUAAAUAA